AUGUUUCCAAGAAUACAUUCCUCAAAUUCUUUAUUCAAAAGAAUUCGAUUAAAUGUAUCAAAUUAUAGUUCAACUGUGGACUACAACGAGCUUCAACACUUUUCUAAAUUCACAUCUUAUUGGUGGGAUAUUAAAGGUCCAAUGAGGCUUCUUCAAUUUAUGAAUAAAGUUCGAAUACCAUUUAUAAAACAAAGUAUAGAAUAUGCAAUGGAAAAUUCAAAAAUUGAUUCAUCUCCAAAAUCUUUCCAAGAUAUUAAGUUGUUGGAAGUUGGAUGUGGAGGAGGAAUUUUGGCUGAAUCUUUGUCAAAAUUAAAACUACAAGUUACAGGAAUUGAUAUGGCCGAAGAAUUAAUCGAAGUUGCCAAAGAACAUGCUUCAAAAAAUGAAAAUUUAAAAAAUCUUUCUUAUUUUUGCACGACUGUUGAAGAAUUUUGUAAUAAACAUAAAAAUGAAUUUGAUGUUCUUGUAGCAUCGGAACUUGUUGAACAUGUUCCAAAUGUGGAAGAAUUUCUUACUGAAGCUUUAAAAGCAGUAAAACCAGGAGGUUCUUUGGUUAUAACUACAAUAAAUAAGACAUUUUUAGCAAGAAUUUACGCGAUUUUAUUCUUAGAAGGAAUUAAAACUAUUCCUCCUGGGACACACUCAUAUGAAAAACUUGUUCCGCCGUCUUUAUUAAAAACCAUUCUUGAAAAAAGUAUGCUUAUAAAAGGUCAGAUUCUUUUCGCAUAA